AUAGCAACUACUUUUAGCCUAAAGUAUCAAAAAGGCAAGUUCAGCAGGCACAUUGGGAUCAAUACAGUGACAAAGUCAUGGCAUGCCCACUGGACAGUGCUGCGAGAUGGAAGCAGUGUUAUUAAGACUAGAGAAUAAUCAAGUUCAAAAAGUUGUUGGAAAUGUUAAGCUGACUCUCGAAUGCAAACCGAAACAGAAUCUACAGUCAUGUGGAGAAGACACUAUCCUGCCAGCCAGGCCUGCCAUUUCUAGGUCUAGGUCUGCAACAUCAGUUCAUCUUCUCGUUCAUGAGGCUGAGUCAGAAACCCACACUUUCAAUCUACGCUCCUGUUACCUCUACCCGGACAAGCGGGACCCGCGCCUCAUCCACGUGCACCGCGGCGCGGACGUGCGCCACUACGGCGACCACACGGAUGCGCUCCAGUUCGCCACGUUGAAGCUGGCUAACGACUUCCUGCGUGAACUAUGUGCGUGUAGAGGACAGUGUGGUCCAACUGUAAACAUUGAAUCUCUGCAUGACCAGACGGGGCCAAAGACUGGUGUUUGGAACGCAACUGCGACCAAGAGAGAAUUGCUAAGCGUUGACCGAGCGGCAGGAAACCACAUACAAACUUCCUCCAUUCACAGCGACCUAAGCUCUGGGUAUUAUUCACACCAGUGGAGUGAAAUCUCCUCCAGUUCGCAGCUAGUUGACUGCGACCCAAUAACCUCAGGCUCGGGCCCCGCCGCCGCUGCCGCCGCCGGACCCAAGCCCUCCGGCACCCUGGCAGAGAACACGAAAAGUGCUGUUAUUGUUAAGACUGGUGAUUCGUCAACUCCAGUCUCCGGUAAUAUUCAGCAACAAGGUAAACCGGAUGAAGAGGAGUAUUCCUCAGAGAUAAAGGAGGAGAAAUUUCAGCGAUGCAAGUAUUGCAACAAACAGUUUGAUUUCGGCGAGGAGGUAUCCCCUGAUGAGUUAUGUCCCUCAGCUCCCAACAAAAUGAGGGAGACCCUGGAUCGUGCCUGCUGUGUCGUCUGCUACAAGGGAGCAUGGUACCAUCUCACGAAGGACACACUAGACGACGAGGGCCAGGAUAUUGGGAGAUGUCGCCCCGGGGCCGGCAUGACCACAACUUACUGGUGUUUGUUGGGUUUCCUCUCCGUCGUAUGUGCGCCUUGUCUCGUUUUCUGGUGUCCACUAAAUGUUUGUGAGCUGGCAGCCCAGCACGCUGGAUUGACAGGAGGACCUCAUUCCCUGACUACAAUCAAGAAAAAAACCACCAUGGUACCAAGCAAGAGAAAACAACAUGUUCAAAAAGAAUAGCUAGUUUUUCUAUAGCUCGGGAGGGUCAAGAGGACGGUGGGUACGGAUCUGAAGGAGACAGAGUGAUAACCGAGCAACCUCGAGUGAGCUCCCAACUGGAGCCCCUCACUGUGCGGAUAUCUCUCCCCCAGGAGGAGGAGGAGGAGGAUUAUGACGAGGAGGAGGCCGAACAGGCUCACAUGAUGGGUUUCGAGGUGGACGAGGGGCAGCACGUGCGAACUGCACGUGGGCGUGUCACCCCCCAGGUGCAACGCGCACAGAGCGAGCUGGUCCCGGACAGACGGGCAGCCUCUCCUAAUGUGAACGUGGUUCAGAGGUCCAUGUCAGAGAGCCGGGGUUAACAUUCCUGGAUUAAUCUGCUCUGUGUCUCUAUCUCAGUGUUUGGUGAUCAUGUUGUGUGGUCUGCAGUACAAAGUGGUGUUGGUCGCCGGUCGAACUGUGGUUGUGUGGUUGAGGACCUUGUUCAGUUUGGAUGGGGAUUUAGUUGUGAAAUCUUGAGUGUGUUAAUGUUUUCCUUUCCAAACUUAUACACAGUCGCACCGGCUCAAUAUUCAUGCAGAGCGAACAUUUGACAAAUCAUCAACUAUACUGUUGAUAUUAUAAGCAAUUACCCAGUUAUACAGUAGUGAGACUAUAGAUUACCAAUUACGGUGGUCGUGAGUCAUAUCACGUGACACAUCACGACACUGCUACGCUGCGAUAUUACGAGAAAUACAUGAGGGAGAGAUAUGAUGAACAGACAGCUACAUAACGGCCUCAAAUUUAAAGUGUAACGGUUAACGCCUGCGUUAUCAUAUUCUACUACCAUCUUAUCCAGUGCCAAAACAACGCGUAAGAGGCUAUAUCCGAAAAGGACGAGACGUUGGAACUUUUGAUGCUCAGGGUGAGUGUGUGGGUCAGGGUCUUUAUAUGCCCCGAGAGUGGAGACUCAGGGCAUAUUCUGACCACUUGAUCCGGCGUACCGUGUCCCGCUCGAUUGUGUACCGUCUUUAUUACGGGAUCGGUACACUUUUGAGACGGGCACUAAAAAUGCAAGCACGCUCCCCAGAGCGGUGCACUAGUUCCCCUUAUUUGCUGUUUUCAUUCGUGUGAGUUUCUCUUCGUGUAUUUGCAAGGAUUUUUUGUCUUUGUAUUGUGUUUAUUUAUCUCAAAAUAUUACCAAAAAACGAAGAAAA